AUGGUCUCCAAACGAUACGUUUGGCCGUCAAUUAAUAAAGAUUGCUGUGAAUGGGCAAAAUCUUGCAUCGAUUGUCAUAAGAAUAAAAUUCAGAGACACGUGCCAUUGCUGAUCGCCAGUUUUGAAACUCCAACUGAACGAUUCGAGCACAUUCACAUCGACCUAGUGCCUUUAAAAUCGGCAAGAGACUUUAAUCAAUGCCUGACUACCAUCGACCGAUUCACGAGGUUUCCUGAGGCUGUCCCGUUAUCCAAUGGAACUGCAGAGACGAGAGCACAUGCACUAUCGCUGCUCUGGAUUUCACGCCACGGAGUACCAAAACGCAUAACUUCGGACCAAGGUCCGCAAUUCGAAUCGUCAUUAUUCCAGUCGCUAUUAAAAAUAUACGGAAUAAAACACCUACACACUACGCCGUAUCAUCCGCAAGCCAACGGUCUUGUCGAACAUUUACACCAUCAGUUUAAGUCAGCACUUUUGUGUCAUCAAGAGUCAUGGUAUGACGCAUUACCAGCCGUUUUGCUCGGCUUACGCGCUGCCUGGAAAGACGACAUACAGACGACACUGGCUGAAUUAGUGUACGGUGAGCCAAUUCGUUUACCUGGUGAGUUACUCACUCCCAGUCACAAAACUACACCUCACGAUAUCAUUAACACAUCGAAACGUCAUUUUAAUUCAUUGGCACCGGCCGAAAUGUCGCGUCACGGCAAGCAUUCUGUUUUCUGUUUCAGGAACCUUAGUACUUGCAGCCACGUACUGGUACGAAAUAACCAGGUUGGACCAUCUUUCUCACCGCCGUACGAUGGUCCAUAUCGUGUAAUAACCCGACACGAUAAAUAUUUCAUCGUCGAUUUUCGUGGACGACAAAUCGCUAUUUCAGUGGACAGAUUAAAGCUGAUUUACGAGGCGAAUCCAAUCGACAUGAUGAUGAUAAUAACAAACUCCCAGCCGAAUAACACAGCAACCGAGACCCAAAAACGCCGAGUCCGGUUUAACAUUUAA